AUGGAUUCAUCGACACCCCUACCUCAGCGCAGUUUUACAAUUGCAGGACACCUUCUCACACUUCUAGCCUUAUGGUUCCUGGUCCACAUCAUCUACACCACAGUCUUAUAUCCCCGAUUCUUUACGCCACUAAGACAUAUCCCAACUCCACCAAAACACUCCUUUCUCAAAGGAUCCCACCCUUACGACCGAAAGACCCGAAUGAUACCUCUCCGACACUGGAACAAGACGAUUCCGAAUAACGGCCUCAUCAGAUUCUACCUGCCAGGAUACCAGGAGCGACUGCUCGUAACAAGUCCCAAAGCACUGAGCGAGAUCCUAGUGGCCAAUGAAGCACACUUCACCAAGCCCGACUUUGUAAAGAUCCGACUGAAAUACGUCACGGGCAAUGGCCUGCUCUUAGUCGAUGGGGAAGAACACAAGAUGCAGCGUAAGAGUUUCAUGCCAGCCUUCUCCUACCGCCACAUCAAGAACUUGUACCCAGCGUUCUGGUCUAAAGCGAGAGAGCUGGCGCAAGGUAUUGAAAAGGAACUCAAGGCCCACAAGCUGAGUAAUAAUGAUGUGAUCGAAAUGAGAGGCUGGGCUAGUCGAGCCACCAUGGACAUAAUCGGCCUCACUGGAAUGGACCACGACUUUGACUCGCUCCAAGAUCCGAACAAUUCGCUCAGUCGGCAAUACAGAAAUAUGCGCCCAGAUCCAACUCGACUUGAAGUUUUCCUUGCAUUGACAUUGGGGUUGUUUUCAAGUAACGUCGUCGGCAUUCUUUCAAAGAUGCCGGUCAGCCAGAUGAGGUCAAUCACAGCUGCGUCCAAUUAUGUCAGGAAUGUUUGCAGAAGCAUCAUUCAGGAAAAGCAAGCCAAAAUGAAGCAGGGCUCGUCGGGCACAGAUGUUGACAUCAUCUCCGUGGCAUUGCAAAGCGACGCUUUCACCAGCGAGAACCUCGCGGACCAAAUGAUGACGUUCCUAGCAGCCGGGCAUGGCACCACUUCCGACGCUCUCCAAUGGGCUGUGUAUAGUUUAUGCAAGAACACCAACCUCCAGAAACGCUUGCGCGAAGAGGUUCGUGACAAACUCCCCUCGGUGACCGGGAACGACACCAUCUCGGCCGACGAACUCGACAGUCUGCCAUAUCUGCAGGCCUUUUGCAACGAAGUGCUGCGUUACUACCCUUCAGUGCUGUCCACAGCCCGAGAAGCUGUUCAGGACACAAUCGUAGCCGGGCACCGUAUUCCGAAGGGCACGGUCCUGACUCUUGCGCCCGGCAUGACCAAUCAUGAUCCAGAACUCUGGGGUCCCGAUGCGGAUGAAUUCGAUCCUGAACGAUGGAUGCGCGAAGGCUGCUCGAAUACCGGAGGUGUGCAGAACAACUAUGGGUUCUUGACUUUCUUGCAUGGUCCACGCAGUUGUAUUGGCGCAACGUUUGCGAGAGCAGAGUUGGCUUGCUUGGUAGCUGCGGUCGUUGGGCGCUUUGAAAUGGCACUGGAGGAUCCGGAUAGAGAACUCGAGUUGAACAGACGUGGUAUAAGUGCUGCACCGGCGGACGGCGUCCGGGUCAAGUUAGAGGUCGUUGAAGGAUGGUGA